AUUGUUCAUUCAAAAAUGUGGGCAAUCUUUUUAAAAUAUAGUCUAACGUGUUCAUUUUUCAUUUUUUCCCCAUGGAUUUUCUCAAUUGUCAGUAAGAUAUAUGGGUAUUUUCUUCUUACCAGAUCAUUCCCCUUCCGUUUACCCCACUGAGUGAUUUUGAAGCAAGCUGUAACCUCCUUUGCAUAGGAAGCCAUUUGGCUUUUUUCACAUAAUUCUAUAUUUCUGAGGUAGUGUAUAAUGAUCAAGCAUAUAAUUUUAUGGGUUUCAUCCCAAUUGGGCUUGCCUCUGUUUCCCUUGUUUUUUUAUGUUUUGAAAGUGACAUACAGUAUACUGUACCCUGACUAUUGUACUGUAAGUAAACCAGACUCUUCCAUUGCCACUUUUAAAAAAAUGUAUACAGAAAAAUGCUAGCAUUAGGACCUACGCGGAGUCUUUGAAUCAAGAGGUCUCUUGAUUCAUUCAAUCUCUCUUAGACAUUCACACACAUACACACAAACUGCAACAAGAGGAGGAAAGUCGGCCAAAAGGGCUUUAAACAUUUCAAAGUUUCCAUUUGCAGAAGCAAUGGGGAAACGUGGCAGGCCAAGGAAAGAACUCAGAUGUGAAGGUGAUGCUGGGGAAGCUGUUCUAGGGCAGCAGCAACUGCCGGUGAUAGAUAAUACAUCCAGGUGCCCGUUCAGUGACAUUUUCAACACCAGCAGUGAGGACUCCAUGGAGAAGAUCAACACUUUCCUACAGAAUGUGCAGAUUUUGCUGGAAGCAGCCAGCUACCUGGAGCAAAUCGAGAAAGAAAACAAAAAGUGUGAACAUGGGUAUGCCUCAGCCUUCCCUUCCAUGACAAGUCUUGGGCUGCAGGACCCAAAGCCACUGCAGAGACUGAGCCGGUCAAGAAAGCAUAGCAGCGGAGGCAACAGUACAGGCACCACAAACAGGUCUACGCACAACGAACUAGAAAAGAAUCGACGAGCCCAUCUCCGCCUGUGUCUAGAACGCUUAAAAGUUCUGAUACCAUUAGGACCUGACUGCACCAGACACACAACCCUUGGGCUGCUUAACAAAGCCAAAGCACACAUUAAGAAACUUGAAGAAGCUGACAGGAGAAGCCAGCAUCAGCUUGAGAACCUGGAAAGAGAGCAAAGGUUCCUAAAGCGACGAUUGGAGCAGUUGCAAAGCCCUCAGGACAUCGAGCGAAUACGAAUGGACAGCACUGGAUCAACCAUGUCCUCAGAUCGCUCUGAUUCAGAGCGAGAAGAAAUUGAAGUGGAUGUGGAAAGCACAGAGUUCUCCCAUGGAGACGUGGAUGAUAUUAGCACAACCAGUACAAGUGACAUUGAUGAUCACAGCAGCUUGCAGAGCAUUGGGAGCGAUGAGGGUUACUCCAGCGCUAGUGUCAAGCUCUCCUUCACUUCCUAGAGCCUGGUGCUAGAGCAGAGCAACUGGUUUCUUUGGGGCAACUGAGUUUCAUAUGGCAGGGCUCUUAAGAUACAGUAUUUUUCUUACCCAACCCACCUUCAACAGCUAAGCUUGGACAGACACAACUUUAGAAUAACUCCAUGGGUCCAUGGAAGAGUGGGGACCUAGCAGGGGAACUAAUUAGUCUUUAUCUGACCAUAAUCCAAAUGUUUUGACUUAGUGCUAAACUUCAGUUAAUUUCAAAUCCAGGACACCAUUCCAGUUACUUAUAGCUGGACUGAGAUUUUCCCAUCAGCAAUGGAUACCUAUAUUGAAAGAUGGAUUGGAUGGGAAACUUGGCUGUUCAGGUGCUUGCUUUUUAAUUUGUCACCAUUUUUUCCUCCUCAUGUUCAAAUAAGACCCUUGUGGUGCUAAUAAUAUAAAGUAUGUCCAAUAUCUAUGAUAAUCUAGCAUAUCUGGAAUAGCCGUAUGUUUUCCCCAAAUUAUGGGAUAAAGUAGCCAAGGUGAUAUAGUUCAUUGGAUGAACCACUUCCAGUGCAUUUGCACAAUACUUUAAAGUUUUUUUUUAAGCUCCAUUUUAAAUUUCUUUAAAUUCCAUCAAUGAAUUUAUUUUUCUUCAAUAUAUCUAAGCAGUUAAAUAGUUUUCCUGUAUCCUCACCAGCAAAAGUUAGUCCAGUCAGCAUCUUUUAUUAACUGGGUAUCUCCAGCCAUCUUUGAUCAUUAUCAUCUGAGAAAGGUAAUAAUAGCAGGAUGUUCUGCUUAUAGCUUAAUGUUUCAGCUGGACCUGUUUUCAAGGCAAGAAACUUGGGUUCUGUAUGAUUUUACCACUAGAUUAUUGAGUUGUAGUAGUCCACCACAGGUGCAACCAUGCUCUGGAUUCAGUGGCUGAGCUAGAAUGAUUCUCCUGAUAACAGGGUGAGAGACAGACCCAGCCUUUAAAACAAGGGAUGAUGUGCAGAAAAGACACAAGUCUCCAUUCUGAGCCAGAGUUACCUAUUUAUUUCUUUUGCAAAUUAUUUUGAUAAACAUUUGUAAAAGUUCUUUGGGUGAGAUAAUCUAUAUGUGACAAUGUAUUUUUAGAUCUCCUAGGCAUGAUCCUGCAAAUCUCUUUUAUAAUUAACACCAGUUGAAAGGGACUUGUUUUCCUGCUGCCAUGCACAAGAGGAACAGGGACUCCUUCUUGGGUUUUAUGGCUCUACCUUUUGGAUUCCUUUUGCAGACUUUGGCACCUGGAUUCCUAAUAUAAUCUUGGGUCCAUAGCUAAGAAGCAUCUCAACUUAACAACCUGCCAGGCUGAUUCCAAUCUCUCCUGAGCAGAAACUGUUGUUGUUUUGCAGUCAAAGAAUAAGAUUGUAUCCAAUGUUUUUAUCAUUGUUUUUAUUUUGAACUUUCUAACCUGCACUUUGAGGUCUUUGCUUUUCUUUAAGCUUUUUAACCACAGAUACUUAUUACUGUUCCUUUACCAAGUUUAAACUUUAUUCUUUAUUUUGAGACUUCAUUUAUGACACUUAUUUGAGGAUUUUGUUUGGGAGGGGUAGUAUGCUGCCUGUCCCCCCAAUUACUAAGAGAAAAAAAUGAAAAGUAAAAAAAAAAUGCUUUAUAAACUCAUAACUUAUUGCUGAUUAUAAUUACUGGUUGUUAAUUUCAGUCCUGUAGAUCUUUAAUUUUAUUGUUUAGAUAGGACUGGGUGACAAAAAAAUAAAACAAAAUAACCUCAUUUAGCAGUACAGUGGAAUUGUGUUUAAAUGUUAGCAUAUGUUUCUGCUUAAUAGUAGCACUUUAAUACCAUUAAACAUUUCUGUAUCUGAAAUACGUUUGUUCUGCCAUGUUGGUCACUCAUGAGACUUUAGAAUACUCAUGUUGUUUGUGCCUGG